AUGAACCAGUACUUUGUGAAGAGGGGCGAGUACCCCGACUGCAUGAGCAUGGGCAUGAGUGACUGGUUCAGAUCCUGCCGCAUGAUCCCCAUGUACAGAGGAUCGUACAGGAUGAGGAUCUAUGACAGGGAGAACUUUGGUGGUCAGAUGAUGGAGAUGAUGGAUGACUGUGACUCCUUCAUGGAUCGUUACCGCUGGUCCAACUGCAUGUCCUGCCACGUGAUGGAUGGCCACUGGCUCAUGUAUGAGCAGCCCCACUACAGAGGCAGGAUGAGGUACUUCUGGCCUGGGGAGUACAGGAACUUCGGUGGCAUGAGGUUCAUGUCCAUGAGGCGCAUUAUGGAUUCCUGGUAUUAA